ACAGUAAUUGUGAAAUUGUGCUAAAAUCGUGUAAGUGCAUUGUGAGAUUCAAUCCAAAACGUGUACUUAGUGCCAAAUUUCGCUAUUAUUUGCGGCAUGGGACUGCCGCAGCGCAAUCGAACUGCAUCGAAUGCACGAAUACGAAAUCGAACGAGAUAAUAAAAGCGGUUUGGGACAACUGCCUGAACCAACUUUAAAUAAAAAGCAACCUCGAGCGGCAUGGGACAUCCGCUAAGGCUUCCCUGCAGCAAAGCUAUUAUUCCCAUUACAUGCAAUGACGAAAAAAACGAUUCACAAAUAAUCUACACGCACACAAUAAACGUCACAACGGGCAAACACGAAUACAACUUAACGUAUGCUAUAUGUAUUGAUUUCAGACAAGUUGUACACCACUACGAAAAUACGACGGUCUGAAAGUAAAUCCGACAACGAAACGUGAUGGACAAAGGGAAAUACGUGCGACCCACCGAACGGGCGGAAGAAGACGACAACGGCAUGAAUUCGACAACGGAAACGCAAGCGGAAGGAACGAAUCCAGGACUCGGGACAGUUGAGCACGACGAAACCACCGAUACCACGAACAAAGGCAACGGUUCCGCCAGUACUGAACCCGAAAACACCAGCUCUGAGAGCAGUGAUUCCGAGAGCAGUGACACUGAAAGCAGCGAUUCUGACGUAAAUGAAACAGGCAGCGACAAAUCAUCUGGAAGCAACGAUUCUCCGGACCGAGCUCCGGACAUUGAAUCUGAUGAGGAAACUGACGAUGGACCCGGUCUUGAAUCAACACUGCAUCGCACUUUCGCUCCACCCUGGCUGAAUACUACGAAGGCAAACUCGAACGGUGUUGAGACACAGCAGCAGCCAACCCCGAAAACAUCGAAUGACGAAACUACAAACGAACGAAUGGACCGGAUUGAAAAAGUGCUCGAGUCUAUGGCCUCAGCCAUGAAAUCUUUACAGCCUCACAAUCGUCCAACAUCAUCUCGCCAAGACGCAGAGUCAAGCUGGAGCGUUCCGCUCGAUAAUACGACCACGGAGAGAAAUUCAUCCAUUGUCCGGUGGGACAAUAUCAAGCCAUUUCCAUCCGGCGUCCCUGCGAAUAAGAUGUGGGAGGAAUGGAACAGAUAUAUUGAAAAUUUCGAGAUCGCCGCAUUGUUAAGCAACGCCAAUGACCCUGCAAAGAGAACGCAGCUUUUGUUCCUUUCGAUGGGUCCCGACCUCCAGGAGAUAGUCAGAGCUGCUAAACUGCGCCCAAACCUGUCCGACCCCAACUGCUACAAAACGUUCGUUGCGAACAUCCAAGGCUAUUUCCGAGGAAUGACUGAUACAGCAGCAGAACAUGAGGCGUUUUCGUCCAUGAAACAAAUGAAAGACGAGUCCGCUGUUGCUUAUCAUGCACGGCUAAUGUGCAAGGUCAGAUUGUGUGGAUACAGCAGUGAAGAUCAGGAUCGCUUCGUGAGGGCACAAUUGCUGAAGGGGUUGCGCAAUAAGGAACUCGUCAAAGCAAGCAGAACGUAUGGAUAUGACACCAAUUUCAUCGUUCAGGCGGCUACACGUGACGAAGCUUAUGAAGCUGAGACAUCACAGUCACCCGAUAGUCAUGUGUUCCACGUCGAGCGCCAGACUUCAUCGAAUAAUUAUCGGAAACGCAGAAAUCCAGACGAAUCCAUCCGUGGUCCUUAUGCCAAGCGCCGGCAGAUUGAUCAAGGUCAGGGGAGACGAUCACGUUGUUCCCGGUGCAAUCUUACGUCGCACAGAACCGGUAAGUGUCCUGCUAUUGACAAGAAAUGCAUCAAUUGUGGCAAGGUGGGACACUUCGCAGCAGCCUGUCGGGGUAAACGCGUAAAUGCAAUCCGGUUCAAGCGAGAGAAUACUCCAGAUGAUGACCAAGAUGACGAACGUGACGUUGAGAAACAGUACGUCAAUGCACUAUCCUUGGAAGAUGUCUUGAUAGACUGUAGCUUGGGGUCAUCAAGUCCGAUCCGAUUCCUUAUCGAUUCCGGCGCUGACGUGAAUGUUGUAUGUGGGAAAGAUUGGGACCGCAUAAAACACGAAUUCAAAGCUGGCAAAGCGAAAUUGGAAACGGUUGAUAUUGUGAAUCGAGGGAUACAUGCGUAUGGAUCGAGAGAACCACUGGAAGUUGAGCAAUCAUUCCGCGCCGAGAUCGUCGUGUCAAAUAGUACUAAGCCCCCCAUCGUGGCCAUGUUCUACGUCAUUCGCAAGGGACUCAGGUCACUACUCGGACGAUCAGCAGCUAGCGAUUUAGAGCUACUAAAGAUCGGAACUUCAGUAAACAACUGUGAAGUCACGGACGACGAGAAGGAAUUUCCAAAAAUGCCUGGCGUAAUGGUCAAAUUCAAUGUCGAUCAAACAGUUGUUCCAGUGAAGAAUGCAUAUUACAACGUGCCAGCAGCCUACAGGUAAAUUGAUACAAUCAUAGUUAACAAGCAAUUCCAAAUUAUUUAGUUGAAGCAAACAAGAACGUUACAUAGCGAAAACAUAUAUCCACCAUUACUGAGCGUAUACAUUCGAUCUCAUUUCUAGAGAAAGCGCGAAGAGUAGGCUACUAGAAAUGGAAGCCCGCGGAAUUAUCGAAAAAGUUACCUCGGCACCCACAUGGAUUUCAGGAAUGUCGGCGGUUUCAAAAGGGAAAAACGAUUUUAGAUUGGUGGUAAAUAUGCGUGCACCUAACCGAGCGAUACAGCGAGAAUAUUUCAGACUACCUCUCAUUGAUGAGAUGAAAGUCAAAUUGUAUGGAGCGAAAUAUUUCUCAAAGCUGGAUUUGAGCAACGCGUUUUGCCAUCUAACCCUGGCAGAAGAGUCGA